CGCCGCGACGCUAGCGUCGCGACGUGGACUCGUAUCCCGGGUCGUAAGUAGUUUCGCGACGACUGCCGUGUUGCUGUUAGCAAUGACGAGCUGAUGUCCAUCAGAAGCUCCCAAAGUGCAAUCGGAGUGCAGUUUUGUGGAUAACAAUUUUUUGACCAGUGCGAUGCCGGUUGAACGUACAAUACGUCCUCGAGCCAAGGACUACUUACUACCCCGUGUACUUGUGGAAGAAGACGUGAAACAUUACCGCGACCGAACGAAAAUCUCAUCCACCGUCGUCGCUGUCGGUUCAGUGUAAAAAUAAGUCAGUCGCUUGCCACACUGCGUAACUAGGUAUGCAACAAGCUAAUCAGCAGCAUGUGGGCAGUGGCGGCGGCGCUGGUGGAGACGCGAACGGUGGCACUUCCGCCGGCGGCCUUAUCACCUCUCCAGCCGCGACGGGCGCCACUGGCACCGCUACGGCGGCCAAAAGUAACAUGAAUGGAGGCCGUUUCGACUUUGACGACGGCGGUACGUAUUGCGGUGGCUGGGAAGACGGGAAAGCUCACGGACACGGAGUUUGCACCGGCCCGAAAGGACAGGGCGCCUAUUCUGGGUCUUGGCACUAUGGCUUCGAAGUUUCUGGCGUUUAUACUUGGCCCAGUGGCAGCGCGUACGAAGGCCAGUGGCAAAACGGUAAACGACAUGGACUAGGGGUUGAAACAAGGGGUCGAUGGGUGUAUCGCGGCGAAUGGACUCAGGGUUUUAAAGGACGUUACGGCGUUAGACAAUCUAACACAUCGACGGCAAAGUAUGAAGGCACUUGGGCGAACGGGCUUCAAGAUGGAUAUGGCUCAGAAACCUAUGCCGACGAUGGAACGUACCAAGGACAAUGGUUGCGUGGGAUGAGACAUGGAUACGGGGUGCGGAACAGCGCGCCGUUCGGAAAAGCGUCCAAGUACCGGAACAAGACGCUCCGGGCGUCACUUACGUCGUUACGGAGCAACGAGGCCACCGCGGGCGCUGCGACUGCCGGCGCCAAUGCAGCCGACCCGGCUGAAAAGCGAGACCGUCGAGUCGACGACUCCAGGGGCGGAUUCGUCCUUGUUGUGAAUUCUGAUGAACCCCAGCGGAGACGAUCGCUCGGAGAAAAAUCUAUUAAACGAAGUCUAUUGAUGGGUUUGAAACUGAAAAAACAAAAGAGUACGGGAGAUUUAGAAAAAGGGACCGGCAGCAUACGAUCAACAGGUUCUUCCGCAUCAUGGGUCAGCACAGAUUCCGCACAGUCAGCUAUUACGAACGCUUCUUUGCACACGGAUUCAAACGCGAGCUUCAUAGUUGAGGACGACCAAAUGGACGCAAGUGUUACUGAAACGUACAUGGGCGAGUGGAAAAACGACAAACGUACGGGUUUUGGUAUUAGCGAACGGUCAGACGGACUAAAAUACGAAGGUGAAUGGUACGCAAAUAAAAAAUACGGUUACGGUGUCACUACGUUUAGUAACGGCGAAAAAGAAGAGGGUAAAUACAAAAACAACGUGCUGAUAACAAGUAACAAGAAAAAACAUCUGUUUCUAAUGAGAUCUGCGAAGUUCAGAGAACGUAUCGACGCUGCUGUUAAUGCAGCACAAAGAGCAUCGAAAAUAGCCUUGCAAAAAGCCGACAUUGCAAUUUCGAGAACUGCAACGGCCAGGGGAAAGGCAGAACAGGCAGAUGUCGCAGCAGCCCAUGCAAGGGAAGAUUCGGACAUCGCAUUGGCUGUUGCAAAACAAUUCGCACCAGAUUUUAAACAACCAGGUUUAGAACGGUUCCGUGCGAGGUAUAACAAAGAUAGGUAUACUGAUUCAGCAUACAGCAGUCAAAAAGAUUCGUCACUUUCUAGUAGUAUAGCUAAUCAAUUCAUUAGUGAAUAUGCCCAAAAUCAAGUGUCGAAUAAAAUACCGAAUCACGUUACUCCAGAAAUGAAAGUGGGAAACAAGAUGCCGCCUAUGGGAAACCAAAUUCCGAAUCAAAUACCGAAUCAAAUGACGAAUCCUCUAACGAACGAAAUGCAAAACAUGCAACAUUUACAACAACAAAACGUACAAAAUACCACAUCCAAUUUUAUAUCAAAUCAAUCACAACAGCAUAAUUUGGCACCGAAUCCGUCACAGAAUGUGAUGCCAAAUCAACCGUAUCCGAAUCAAUCGCACAAUAAAUCGAACCAAUCGAACAAUUUACUACCGAAUCAAUCUCAGCAAAUGAACUUCAACUCCACGAUGCAUAAUAAUAAAAGCAUUUACGGUUACGAAUUAGAUAAUCAAAUAUCGAACGUUCAGAAGACGCAAACUAGAACGACAUCUGUGUACAGUAAACCACCACCUCCGCAAACGAACGAUUACUCCAAUCAAAACGCAAAUCCUGCAACAAACGAAGAUAUUAAUAGAGUACGAAAUUCUAUUCCGAGAGAGGAAUAUUCCCAAGCAAAUCUGCGACGGAAUUCUCGAAGAGUGUCAGGAGAUCGGCCUUAUCUAGGACAGACUCAACAACAAUCGUCGAUCGAUUAUUUCGAUCAUUACAAGAGACCGCCGAGUAGAGAUUCAAGCGUCGAUCGAUAUACAAAGGCAGCGAGUAGACUUAGUGGGUCCAGACAACCGUCAGUUGAUAAAACAUUCAUUCCGGCGCCAGAAACUCCUGAGAGGACGUCAAGAGCUCCAUCGGCUGCAAGGGGCACCCCGCCGGUACAAACGCCGGCUGCAUCUAGAAACGGCGCAAUUAUGACCGGAAAUCCGGGCAAAACGAUCAACACCAGCAGCAGUAGGGCGACUACUCCAACGCAAGCUCCUUUUGAGGAAAUAAUUAUAAGGAAACGUGGGUUGGGCCAAGACAUCAUUCCAUCUCCCAAUCAGCCCAAAAGAACGGAAAGCCUGUACAAUCCAAAUCCUGCUCCUACUGUUAAGACUAUCGUCGAGCAGACUUCGCUGCAAAGGAAGAAGUCGUUACCUGAUGUUCAAACGCUACCAAAAGCCACAGAACCAAUGUCGAGGGAAGAGGUGUCAUAUUUAGGAUCAAUGCGACGGGAGGAAGUCCGAAGGAUGAACGAAGAACGUGAAAAAUUGCGAGCAAAUCCUUUACUUUAUCUUGUUAGCCCGCAAGUUAAGGACUGGUUCUCGCGCCAGCAGCUGGUAAUUGUAGUGCUAUUCAUAAACAUCUCCUUGGCUAUAAUGUUCUUCAAGAUACUGACAUAGUACAGGUUGAGCGUCAAUUGACGCUGAAUUUCGUGCUACGCCCAGAUAGAAAUUGGACGCCCAAAAGACAAAACGCUAAUUCAUCCUAUCCAUAAUUUUUUCUAGGAAAUAAACACAUUCAAAUUUUUAAGUUAAGCUAUGUUAUUUAUUGUAUAGGAUUGAGUGUUGUUUUCUUUUUUAUUUUAUCUUUGUUUUAAAUUAUAAGUUGCUGUUGAAGUUUUCAAAGUUUAAUUGUAAAUAUUCUAAUGCGUAUUAUGUUCUUUGUUUAAGCUUAAGAACUGCUAAAUGUACAUAAACUUCACGAUUACACGAUCAUUUUUUCAAUGCGUUUUGUCGAUUUUAAAUACAUAAAGUACAUUUUUCUUUUAUUAUUUUUAUUAUAAAUAUUAUCUGCUGGGGACGUACAAAUUUGUCAAAAAAACUAAUACAAAAACGAAGUUUUAUGAAACUCCUAGAUUGGUGAGUUGUACUAAAUUUAUCGCAGUAUUUAGUUAAUUAUUUGCAAAAUAAUCAAAAAUGAUCUUAAAGGUUAUAUAGAUGGGUAUUUCAUUUAUUUAAGUGUUCCAUUCGUCUGAAAUGGUUUAGUAUUCAUUCUUUUUGGUGCUUAGAAAGAUAUUGUUUUCGAAAAAGGUGUAUGAAGUUAUUCAUUAAUUGUUACCGACGAAACCAUCGUUUAAAUAUAAUGAGUAAAUUACCUACAAUAUAAUUAAAAAGUAUAUUAUUUAUAUUCGUAUUUUUGAAUCGUAAUUGCAUUAGUAACAAUAAAUGAAGUAUGAGGACUCGAAAAUACUAAGAAUAGGGGCUUUUAGGGUCUAAUUUGAUGCUAAGGGUAAAAUUAAGGGUCCAUAACAUGCCCAUUCAACCCCGUUUCUAUUCCCGUGCAAUAUCUUUAUUUUACUUAUUUAUUUGUUACUAAUUCCAUUUUUCGUUUUGAUGCUAUGGGUCUUAUCUUUAGUUUAAGAUCAACUAAGUUGCCCUAAUUUGAGAUUUAACCAUUGGCUGUUCUUAAUUUUUUACCCUGGCAUCAGAUUAGCUUCUAUUAAGCCUUAAUUGCUCAACGAAGUUGUUCUUAAAAGAUUUUCCUAUUCUCCUAAAAAAAGUAAAUAUACCCGUAAGCGAAAGUACGAAUCUUGGUAUUGAGUUAUUACACACCGUUGUCAUUAAUAACGCUAAGGACGGCGCGCACACGACUGACUGUUGGAAUUUGUACGAAUACGUAGUGGCAAUUCGCGUAGUGUGCAUUUUAAGAUUACUUAUGCCAAGGUAAACUCUUUCGCAUACUGUAUACAGAGUUGUAAGUGAAAGUUAAAAAAAUAUUUAUUUGCAAAGGUAUGGGGAUACAAAUAAUUAAGAAAAAUGUUAUCUAUAUACUUAUCGUAUAUAUUUUUAUAUUUUCUACUCAUGAAAGCACCAAAAGACAAGAUGACUAGGAAACGAAAAUAGAAAUUAUUUAAAUAUGAAGCAUAUUAAAUAAAUCACGUUUGCAAUUGUUCUCUAAAAUUGAACAAUGAAUAACAGCUUUAAUUAACUAUUUUGUCACAUUUAUUCUUACGAAUGCAUCAAUCACUUAUGAUACAUACUUAAGCUUAAACAAACGUACUGAAUAUUAUUGUAAAACACUGAUUGAUAUUAAAAAUGGAAAAAUAUAUAUAUUAAAUAAAUGUUAUGCGCAGUUUUGGUAAUAUCACACGAAGCCAAAAUAUUGUGUAACUAUACAAAAUGGUAUAAUUUUAAAUGAAAUCUAAAUAUUAACGCUGUGGGUGCUUUUCACAAUUAAUUUCUGUUCUUCGAAUUAAUUGUUAAUUUUGUUUUAUCCAUUCCACUAGGUCGCUCUUAUUUGUGGCUAAUACGACGGUCAAUAUAAGAAAAAUGAUUAAAUUUGGAAUAUGCCUAAUAAAAGUUGUAAAAAAUUAAAAUGGUAGUAUAGAAUUUAUAACUUGAAUUAUGAUAAUAAUAUGGAAAUUUAUAUAUAAAAAAUAGGAGAAUAGUAUUAAAUAAAUCUAAAGUUUCACUCUUUUUUAAUUUAUAUAUGUACUUAUGAUCAUUUGUCUGUGAUAAUAAAAUACUCCAGUGUUUGGUAAACUUUUAAAAAACGUUGGUAGAAUAUUUGUUGUAGAGAUAAAUAUAUGUACCAAAAUAUUUUCAGAAAAUUUACGUUUCCAAUUAGGUAUCUAGAAAUUACACAUUUUCUAUCGCUUUUCCCGUACACUUUUCCAAUUCUCAUUUCAAACCACGUCUCGAUACACAACACAUAAACAUGUAUUCAUAGGGUAAAGGUAGCAAUGAAAGGAAAAAAGAAAGUGUAAAUAUUUUGAUUGUUGUUCUAUGUACAUAAACUACAUUUAUAUAAGAGCAAUCAUUGUUUUUUUUUAUCAAUAUACAACAUUUUUACGUAAUAGUAUUGUACUUUGAAUACCAAUUUUUGGAAUUUAGAAAAGUAUAUUAGGAAUGCUUAUAGCCAAAAUAUAAAACAAGAAGAAAACGGAAAACGAAAUCAAAACACGCACAAAUUUAAUCGAAGAACAGAAA